AUGUUCGGCUCCAACGAGAACGACACGCAGGAGCGACUGUUGCGCGCGCCGUUGAACCCGCAGCAGGCGGCAGUGGGCAAUGCCGGCAACCCCGGCAGCAUCCGUCAGCAGGAGAUUGGCAACGUCAGCGGCUUCACGUCGCUCUCAAAUCUGUCGACACCUGCUACAUACUGGCAAAAGAUGAAGAUGAUGGAGGCUGCCACGCUCAUGCGCUACCUGCGCUAUGCCAACGUAGUGCUGGCGGUUCUACAAGCGCUCGCAGGAUUCAUGGGGCUCUUCAACCUCGUAGUACUGGACAUCACGUGUUUCCUUAUCUCCGUCUACGCCAUCAUUUUUGCUUUACUGUUGCUUGCGUUCGAGUGUCGCUUCAAGCACAUGGAGCCUUGGAUCCGCCAGCAAUUUGGCUUCCUUUUCACAUACCGUGGUCGGACUGCCUUCAUUUUUAUCGUGGGCUUCAUGGACUUCGGCAUGGAAGGCUCGCUGCCCUACUUUGUGGGCUUUCUAAUGUGCAGCAAUGCCAUUUUGAGUCUGCUCAUUAUGCUCUUCCACCCGCAGUUCCGUGAAGGAACGCUUGAUAUGGACAUGGACCCAACUGUUACGUACCGUCCUGCUGCCGAGGAGACGGAGACAUUGCUGCGUCAACAUGAAGGUAUCGCGGCUAAGGCUGGAGCAUUCGUGCUCCAUGAGGCCGAGGAACACCCGGAAUUCAUGGCUAAGAUGGCUCAGUCGUACGCAACCAAGCAUGGAUACGUUCCUCCAGCGCAGACGUAGGGAAACCUCUUUUUUUAAACUGACGGAUGAUCAUUCGCCGACAAGUUUGUGUGCCUCGCGUGGCUCCUUCUCUUUAUGUAUUUGUCUAUAGCCCAAUAACCACACUAAAAAUGUCAGCCACGCCAAGAUUGCCAUGCCAUU